AAUGGAAUUGCUAGUAUCCAAAUACAGCAACGUCAUUCAGGAAGUAGACCGUUUGCUACCCCUGGCAGCGCGGAUAGUUCAAAACGUUUAAAAAGAAUUCUUAUACAAUUCUGUGAUUAUUAUUAUUAUCUUGCUAAGGUGGAGUUUAAAAAAAAAUAUGGGAACCGAAAGGAGAUAUAGACAUCUUCCAGAAGUAGUUAGCUAGCAAUCAAGAAAGGACUUCUGCUUAAAAACUGCAAUUAAUAAAAAAGGUUUUCUGUUUGAGCAGGAGUGAUCAACAUUACAGAACUGAUGGAGGGACAAGCUGGGGCCGCUGGGUGUGGGGAAGGCUUCCAUUCCUGGAUGGCCCUCAAUGAUAACAAGGCCGGUAUGGAGGGUCUGGACAGGGACAAAAUCAACAAGAUCAUCAUGGAGACUUCUAAGGGAUCCAAGUUCUAUGAGAAUGAGCUGAAGAAGGAGCAGCAGGUGGACCAGCGCAUUGAGAGGAUGCUGCAGCAGAAGGCUCAGAUCAGUGAGCAGCAGCUCCGGAAGGCCCAAGCACAGGUGGAGAAGAUGGCCGCUGACCUGGAGAGGGGCCGGGAUUUGGGGCGGGUCAUCGUGCACGUGGACAUGGACGCCUUCUACGCGGCGGUGGAGAUGCGGGACUGCCCUGAGCUGAAGGACAAGCCCAUGGCCGUGGGGUCCAAGGGCAUGCUGUCGACCUCCAACUACCACGCCCGGAGGUUCGGUGUCCGGGCGGCGAUGCCCGGCUUCAUCGCCAAGAAGCUCUGCCCCGGCCUCGUCAUCGUUCAGCACAACUUUGAGAAGUACCGGGCAGUGAGCGCUGAGGUGCGGGAGGUUUUCGCCGACUACGACCCUCACUUCCUGCCCGUGAGCCUGGACGAGGCCUACCUGGACAUCACGGAGCACCUGAGGCAGAGGCGGGGCUGGCCCGAGUCCCUGAGGACACAUCCUGUCCGCGUGGAGGACGCCGCCACCGCCGCCGCCAAUGGCGAGGGGGCGCAGCCGGAGUCCCAGGGCGAUUCGGACGCUGACAGCCUGUCCCCGGUCCUGUUUGAGGACAGCCCCACGUCGCCCCCCGACCCCCCCCUUCGGGGCGCAGUUGUUUUCGGGACUGACGCCGAGGAGGCGGUGCGGGAGAUGCGCUUCCGCAUAGAGCAGAGGACCACCCUGACCGCCAGCGCAGGCAUCGCCCCAAACAUGAUGCUGGCCAAGGUGUGCAGUGACAAGAACAAGCCCAACGGGCAGUAUCGAAUCCCAGCGGAGCGCCAGGCGGUGAUGGACUUCAUUCAGGACCUCCCCAUCCGCAAGGUGUCAGGCAUAGGGAAGGUAACCGAGAGGAUGCUGAGAGCUCUGGAGAUCACGACCUGUUCCGAGCUGCGCCAGAAGGUGGCGCUCCUCUCCCUGCUUUUCUCUGAGAUCUCCUGGCAUCAUUUCCUGCAGAUCUCUCUGGGACUGGGCUCCACACACAUCGAAAGGGAUAAUGAAAGGAAGAGCAUGAGCACGGAAAGAACGUUUGGAGAGAUGAGCAGCGCUGAGGAGCAGUAUGAUCUGUGUAGAGAGCUCUGUCGGGACCUGGCCCAGGACCUGCAGAAGGAGGACCUGAAGGGCAAGACGGUAACAGUGAAGUUGAAGAACGUCAACUUCGAGGUGAAGACCCGAGCUUUGACCCUGUCGUCGGUGGUGUCCAGCGAGGAGGAGAUCUUUGCUGUGGCUAAAGAUCUCCUGAAAACCGAGAUCGACAACGCCAGCCCCCACCCACUCAGGCUGAGGCUCAUGGGGGUUCGAGUGUCUGGAUUUGUGAGCUGCGAGGACAGGAAGUCUCUCCAGAAGAGCAUCAUCGGCUUCCUGCAGGCCGGCAGGUCUGCUGGAGAUCCCCCGAAUCCCCCUAAAGGGGCCCCGGAAGAGCAGGGGGUCCCGCCCAACCCCCUGCACGGGGGGGCCUCAAAACAGGCGGGCGCCCCUCCCACCGUGACCCAGGAGUCCAAAGCCAGCCCUGUGAAAUGGGGCGAGCUUCCCAGAAUCCCCGGCCGACCCGCGGAGGAGGGGCAGCAGUCCUUCUUCCAGAGGGCUCAGGCCCUGAGGCUCCGGCGGGAGGCGGGGCGGGGCGACCCCAGGGACCCGGGAGACUCCGCCUCCUCCUCCUCCUCCUCCUGCUGCCCCUCCUCCUCCCUCCAGCCCUCCGCUCCCUCUGGACCCGGGGAGCUGUUCACCUGCCCCGUGUGCUUCCGGGAGCAGGAGGGCACCGACCUGCGCGGCUUCAACAGGCACGUGGACGAGUGCCUCAGCGCCGGGUACGCCCAACGCCACGGGACGGGCGCAGAUGGAGGGCCAGGGACGGGGGCAGGCAUGGUGGGGGCUGGAGCAGGCAGGACGGGGCCUGGAGCAGGCAGGACAGGGGCAGGAGCUAGCAUAGGAGGUGAGGAACACUGCUCGCGAGACGAACAGAUGCAGUCUAAAGCACCCGCUGCUGUGUAUGAAACGGGCAGGGGGGCGGGUAGCAGGGCCUGUCAGAAGGCCUCAGAGAAGAGCAGGGCCAGCCCGUUACCUGCUAGCAACCAGCAGCCUGGGACAUCUGGCACAUACGCCCUGAACGGCUUGGGUCCGAAGCCUGUGGAGUCCAGCAGAACCGGCAGGCCCAGUCACUUCCUGUUCAGUGGAGAGGAAGAGUCAAACAUGGACGCUGGCUGUUCUGAAGAGUCGCUCGGCGACCGUCUCGCCGGCAGGGGAAGCGAGGCUUCUGGGAGGGCGGGGGGGUCUGGGGGGUCCAGGGGCCCCCCCCUGACCUGUCCCGUGUGCAACAAGAAGCAGGACACCCGCGACCUCGCCCUCUUCAACCGGCACGUGGACGUCUGCCUCAACCAGGACGUCCUGCAGGAGCUCGGGGAGGGGCCUCUCUCGCACAGCGCCAACGUCACGGCAACCGCCUGGGGCAAAGGAAAACCCGAAAACGGACACAGCCCUACGAAGCCGAGCGGUAAAAACAAACGGCAUGGGUCUCCUCAUCUUCCUGCUCCUAAGAAAGCCAAAGUGCUGGUUCCUGGAAACACCAUCGACAGGUUCUUCAGGUGACCCACAGGAGAGCAGCCUGGAGCUCAUCAUGAGAAACAAGCCUGC